AUGGUGGAGCCAGCGGUCUUGCCGCGCAAUUUAGCGUAUAUCGACACCGCGAAGUUGAACAAGCAUGUGAAGAAACUUCAUGACGCGGACACCUUCACGCCGGUUAUGAUCGCACAGUCGCAAUCGCACGCCUCCGCUCUCGCCGAGAACAUCUGCUCUGAUUACAAGCUUCUCAACGACACUAUGAUUCGACACGAACCAUUGAUCAGGAAGAGAUGGAGCAAGAAGUCGGUCGCUCAAAGGAGUGAGAUUCUGCGAGCUGCCUGCCCAACAAUCGCUAUGGAGCACCAACCGGACUUCGCAUGGCGACACCAAAAUAUGCUAUUUGAAGAAGGCGCUGGUCCGAAGCCCAAGGAACACGUCGACGUAAUGCUUUGGCCAUUCAUCAACCUGGAGGAUCUUACGAAGCCGAAGUCCUUGCUCAUUUACCUGAACUCGAGGGCCCGCAAUCUACCAUGGACCUUUGCGACGGGUGAGUAUAUGGCCAAGUUCGGAGAGUUCAUGGCUGCUGUGGUCAAGUCGACGGGGAGAUGA